AUGUUGCUCAAGGCUUCUCCCGCGCUUUCUCUCUUGAGCUCCGGCUCCGGCGGUGGCGGCGGAGAUCUGUUUUCUCCGUCGAGAAAUUCGUCGAAUCUUCUGUUUUCUUCGAGCGCGCGUCGUGGAUCUAGGUUUUCCGUUCGGGCGGCGAAAGGAACGAGCACGAAGUCGUUAACCGGAGUUGUGUUCGAGCCUUUUGAGGAAGUGAAGAAAGAAAUGGAUCUCGUUCCCACUACCCCUCUGGUUUCUCUCGCUCGCCAAAAGUUCUCCGAAGAUUCUGAAUCUGCGAUCAACGAUCAGAUCAAUGUGGAGUACAAUGUCUCCUACAUUUACCAUGCCCUGUAUGCUUACUUCGACAGAGACAAUGUUGGUUUGAAAGGUUUCGCUAAGUUCUUUAACGAUUUGAGUUUUGAAGAACGAGGUCAUGCUGAGAAGUUUAUGGAGUACCAGAACAAGCGUGGUGGGAGAGUGAAGCUGCAGUCUAUUUUGAUGCCCUUCUCUGAGUUUGAUCACGAAGAGAAGGGAGAUGCAUUAUAUGCAAUGGAGCUUGCGCUAUCUUUGGAGAAACUUACUAAUGAAAAGCUUCUCAAGUUACAAAGUGUGGGUGUGAAGAACAACGAUGUUCAGCUGGUUGAUUUUGUCGAGUCCGAGUUUCUAGGCGAGCAGGUGGAAGCUAUCAAGAAAAUCUCAGAGUACGUUGCACAGCUAAGAAGAAUAGGAAAGGGUCACGGAGUUUGGCAUUUUGAUCAAAUGCUUCUGGAUGAGGUUUGA